GAAAAAAUAUAUAAUGCCGGGUAUGGAAAGUUGUUCAAAUAUCGCGGUUUGAUUCGCUUACUUAAGCAGUGAGCAGUCAUCGCUGUGAUUUUGUAAGCAGUGGUAGUGUCGCGACUCGCGCUUUAUAAUUUCCAACACAAUGACCGAACAAACAAAAGUGAAUGCCGAUCUGCAACAGGAACGGAAGAAGUGCACGUUCAAUAUCACGGAAUUGACGAAUUUUAUCGAUGGUGGACCUCAUAUGACCGAGGAGAGACGGAAAAGAGAAGAAAAAGUGUUGAAAGAAGGCAUCCACAUAGAAGAGGUACCGUCGGAGUAUCUCAGUCACAAGGAGAAGUAUGAACUUGCCGUAAAGAAGGCUUGUAUGCUGUUCAAGUUAAUACGGCGAUGGCAGGAAGAAGAGAACACUGGAAUGGAAAGCUUUAGGGCCGUACUCGGAGGCUCCUUGGGGUCUGCGAUAUUGCAAGACGGGUCACCUCUCACGCUUCACUAUGUCAUGUUCAUACCCACGCUCAUGGGUCAAGGCACGGUGGAACAGCAAGCGUAUUGGGUCGGCAGGGCGUUCAAUUUGGACAUCAUCGGAACGUAUGCACAGACAGAACUGGGGCACGGCACAUUCGUCCGCGGUCUCGAAACGACCGCCACAUACGAUCCGAAGACAAAAGAGUUUAUCCUCAACAGUCCCACGCUCACGGCGUACAAAUGGUGGCCCGGCGGCUUGGCACACACGGCCAACUACUGCAUAGUAAUGGCCCAACUAUACACCAACGGUCAAUGCCACGGCAUCCACGCUUUCAUAGUGCAGUUACGAGACGAGGAAACACACAUGCCCCUGCCCGGUAUCAAAGUAGGAGAAAUUGGCGCCAAGCUUGGCAUGAAUGGCACAAACAAUGGGUUCCUUGGGUUCGAAAAUUUCAGAAUACCAAGGGACAACAUGUUGAUGAAGAACGCUAAAGUUUUGGAGGAUGGUACGUACGUGAACUCUCCCAGCUCGAAGCUCACAUACGGCACGAUGAUGUUCGUGCGUGUGGUGCUGGUGAACGACAUGUGUAAUUACGUCGCUAAGGCGGUCACUAUUGCCACCAGAUACUCCGCGGUGAGGCACCAGUCGCAACCGAAGCCUGAUGAACCGGAGCCUCAGAUCCUGGAUUACGUGACACAGCAACACAAGCUGUUUAUUGGCAUUGCGACCGUACACGCGUUCAAGCUCAGCGCCGACUGGCUUUGGAAUAUGUACAACAAUGUCACCGCUGAGCUCGAGGCCGGUGAUUUGGACAGGCUGCCUGAGUUGCACGCGCUGUCGUGCUGCCUGAAGGCGGUGAGCACGGCCGACGCCGCCGAGAGCGUCGAGCGCUGUCGCCUCGCGUGCGGCGGGCACGGGUACAUGCUCGCCUCCAACCUGCCGCUCACCUACGGCCACGUCACCGCCGCCUGCACCUACGAGGGCGAGAACACCGUGCUGCUGCUGCAGACCGCCAGGUAUCUGGUGAAAGCGUGGCAGCAGGCAGCCGGUGGUAAUACUCUAACGCCGACGGUCUCAUACAUCAGCAAGAUCUACGCGGGGCGCCGCUCUCCGCCAUGGGACAACACUAUCGAGGGUAUCAUCGAAGGGUUCCAGAGAGUUGCUGCCGGCAAAAUAGGAUUGUCAGUGACAAACAUCGAAAAGCGACAGAAGGAAGGCAUGUCCUACGAAGAUGCGUGGAACAUGACGUCCGUGCAACUAUCUCAAGCAUCAGAGUCCCACUGCCGUGCAAUUAUACUGUCCACAUAUAAUGAAGAAAUGAAGAUCCAGGCGGCGUCGGCGUCGCCUGAGUUAAAGAAAGUUCUAUUCCAACUGGUUGACUUGUACGUCGUCUACUGGGCGUUGCAGAGAGUCGGCGACCUGCUCAGAUUCACGUCAAUAUCCGAGCGCGACAUCGAGCAGCUGCAUCGCUGGUAUGAGGACUUACUCGUCCAACUGAGGCCCAACGCUGUGGGACUCGUCGACGCGUUCGACAUAAAGGACGAGAUCCUCCAUUCGGCCCUCGGUGCGUACGAUGGUCGUGUAUACGAGCGUUUGAUGGCAGAGGCACUGAAGAGCCCGCUUAACGCGGAACCCGUCAACCGAAGCUUCCACAUGUACCUCAAGCCCUUCAUGCAGGGGAAACUGUGAUACUUCCACACUAUUCGAUUUGUGUUGUGAUCAAUGGCUAUAACAUAGCGUUUACUAUUCAUAUCUUUGAUUUAAGUAAUUGUUUUACUUAUUGAAUAAUAAAAAUGUGUUUCGUGUAACCUUGACGUCAUCUAAGAAUAGGGGCAGUGAAGAAAAUUUGUUGUCAGAAGCAAUUACAUACUUCCUUGUUAUCUGAGACUGAUCAUUGUGCCCCUCAAUGUGCUAUGGAAAAGUGACAACUUGUCUUUACUCUUAUAUUAUAUUUUCAAUAUAUUUUACUGUCAUGACCAUAUCAAUUUAUAUAAUUUGACGUAAGAAGUCAUUAUUUCUGUGUUAUGAUUUAUGGCUACUUUAUGAUUUAAUAAAUUGAGAUUAUUAUAUAAUAGAAAUACUUACAGUUUGAAAUAAAAUUGUAUAUAAAGCAUCACAGAUUUUGGGAUUUGGUUGAUGUAAUAUUUUAUCAAUGUUUUAUGAUAUACCUACUUAAGAUUGUGAACUCUAUUUUUAAGGAGAGGUGGUGGAUGUAGAACAUUCCCUAGUGUAAGGACGUAGUGUGAUACAGUAUUAAGGUGAUAAUCAGAGAUUCUAUCGUGAGAUAUACUUAAAUAUAUUUACAAUUUUUAUAAUUUGUUA